AUGAACCAUAUCUUUCAAGACACCAGAGUAGACGUCCCCAAGUCUGUGGACCAGAUUCCAGAAUUGAGCUCCAUUCCAUGUCUCCUGCGAGAGUCUGUAUCCCCUCCUCCAUUGUCGUCGUCUCCCGCAACAUCGCAUUCCGGUUCCCGCACAGCAACUGCAGCUGUACAUCCUGCCCUCCGCGGACUGCACAGCCGUCAGGUUUCGGGAAGCUCAAAUCAGUCUGUCGAUGUAUCAGCAGUGCCCGUCACAUCCUGGGCUAUGGCAGCAAAGAAGGGAGCAGCAGUCAAACCACCCNCCAAGAGUCCUGUUAAUGAAAGAGAGAUCCUAGCCGAUGGAAUUCGUCGCAACAGGAAGGGCCAGCGUAUCGAUCCACCCACACCAGAGUUCAAGAAGGAUGAGGUGAAUCGGCUCAAGAAGCUGAAGCUCUGUAAUGCACACCAUCUUCGUCACAACUGUCCGUAUCCUGAUGGUAAAUGCGAACAUGACCACUUCUACAAGUGCAACUUGAAGGAGUUGGAGACACUGAAGCUGGUGGCACGCAUGUCUGCAUGCAUCCACGGUAGUGAGUGUUCGGAUGCAGGAUGCAUUUAUGGACAUCGCUGCCCUUUCCCCGAGAGUAGAGAGAAUGGAACCAAGGGAAAGCCAUGCAUCAAUGGCGAGAACUGCAGGUUCCCACCAGAGAUGCAUAACAUGGACAUUACUGCAGUCCGUCGUUUGAAGAUCACUUGA